GUUCUGUCUGUUUUCUGUCUUAUGUCCUCUGUUCUUUCUCCUGUUGUGCGCUGGCAGGCUGAGGUAAAGGCAUGGGAAUGGGGAAACACCAGGAGAGUGUUUGCACACACUCCUCUCAUUUAUUGCACAGAGGGAACUCCUGACUGUCACUUGCUGGAUUCUCACGCUCUUGCAUCUUUUCUCUUCACUGAGGCCGGCGUAAGUUCCUGUAAAGGAGGCUGAAUGCAAGGAAGAGUGAGCGAAGACACACUGUGAUGGAGGAGGAAAAGACUACCUUUUGGGAUGACAGCACAGUGUCAUAGCUCGUUCAUGUGGACAUGACAGAGAAAACCCCCUGAAUCAGAAUCCCAGAGGAGUGCUGAAGAACCAUGCGUUGCUCAACCCUGCUGACGAUCCUGGCUGCUGUGCUGCUGUAUCUGGUAAUGGGGGCAUUGGUGUUUGGUUGGCUGGAGACGCCCAGAGAAGAGCUGGCUUAUGGGAAGCUUCUCAACUCUCGCCUUGCUUUUCUGCAAAACCACACCUGCGUCAGAGAGAGCAGCCUCACCAAGUUCACUCAGGAAGUAGUUAAUGCCAUUGAGGCUGGAGUAGAUGCUAAAAGCACUGCUAAUUUCACCAGCAGGUGGGAUCUCUCCAAUGCUUUCUUCUUCUGCGGGACUAUCAUCACCACCAUUGGUUUUGGGAACCUCUCCCCUAAGACUGAGGGAGGCCAGUUGUUUUGUAUAUUCUAUGCGCUGGUGGGGAUCCCCAUAUUUGGAAUCCUUUUAGCUGGAGUGGGGGAUCACCUGGGAACCAUACUCAGGAGGGCAGUAGCAAAGAUAGAGGGUCUGUUCCUGAAGAGGGUGAGCCCCACCAGCGUACGGGUCAUAUCUGCUGUGUUCUCCAUUUUGAUUGGUUGUUUGAUCUUCAUCGCCUUGCCCACCGUGGUGUUUCAGGAAGUGGAACAGUGGACUCUUCUGGAGGCAGGAUACUUUGUAGUAAUAACGCUGACAACAGUCGGCUUCGGCGAUUAUGUAGCAGAUAACCGUAGACAAGGCAUCCCAAUGUACAAGCCCCUGGUGUGGCUGUGGAUUGUGUUUGGUUUGGCCUAUUUCGCUUCCAUCCUCACUAUGAUAGGCAACUGGCUCAGAGUGCUCUCCAAGAAAACCAGGGCAGAGAUGGAAGAGCUGAGAGCUCAUGCCACAGAUUGGACUCAGAAUAUCCAGAACAUGUCCAUGGACUUCCGCAUCCCUGUCCCUCUGGACCUUAAUGACCCCUUUCAGCUCCAGCGUAGACGCCGGAGGAAACGCCACCGUGGCGCCCACCGUAGGCACCCACGCUUGGCUGUGGAUGGGCUUCCUCAUGGGGUCUCCCUGGAGGCUGAGCCCAUCAGGGAAAAUGGGCAUUUGUUUGUAAGCUGGCCUGGCUCCCGAUAUAACACUGCAUCCGAUACCAGAUUAUAUGCAAAGUACGAGAUGAGGCCUGGAUCAAGACUGACGUCAGGUCAUGGGUCAAGGCCUGUCUCACAGUCUGAGCUGAGGUCCCAGUCCAAGCCUGCGUCAAGGUCUGCCUCCAGAUCAGUUUCUGGGUCAGAUUCCAGAUCCGAGACACCAUCAGAAUCCUGGUCGGAAUCAGACUGGAACUCGCAGGACUCCGGCUCUGCCUCCGGGUCCGAGGCUGCACAGAAAAGGCCGUUAAGUGAGAAGGACGUCCCUGUUGUCUUGGUUGCAAGUGGUUCAGCUCUUCCGCCUCCUUCUCCUUCUUCCCCAUCUUCUCCUCCUCGCCCUUCUCUCCUGGACUUCUUUGGUGAGAACCUGGCUUACAUUGAUGAGUCUUCAGACACUUUGAGUGAUCGCAUCAAACCGACCGGAAGUGGAUCAAACAGGCCUCGCAAACCCAAGCGGAGAAGCAUGAGGAGGCAGCUUCCCUACAGGGGUCCUGCAGGAAUACAGAGAGAGUGCAGCAGUGAACUUCAACCCCCAUCACAUCCUCCAACACCUCCACCACUCAAAGACUGAUGCUGUGUCUUAAAUCAAGCACUUCUGUAGUACACUAUCUUUUUUUUAGUGCAAGUAGUGUGUUACACUGGAAAAUUCAAUGGGUUGUUAAGGGGCAGUUCCACCGAUUUUUAAAAACUUCUCCAUACUUCAGAGGUUAAGAUGUAAAUAAAGUCAUUCAAAGUGGUUUGAUCUGAAAUGCUGCGUUCUAGAGAAACUUGCCAAGUCAGAAUUGUUCAUAGUGGUGGCGAUAGGAUCCGGACAUCUAAAGUGUGUCACUCUAAAAACUACCUCACAAAAUGUUAUUACAUGAAAUGGCUAUGAAUAUGCUGCCUGAUGCCUGGGACAUUGUUUCGCAAUAGUUUUGAGAUUUGUUUUUGGCAUAAAACAUAUUUUUAUAACCCGUUCAUUGUGGUGAGGUACUUGCAGGGCAUUGUAAGACAAAAUAGGCCCCAAAUCUUUUUUUUUUUCAAAUUUACCAUCACCAACAUUACAUAUAAAAACAU